AUGCCAAGGAAUACACAUUGGUAUACUUCUCAGGCAUCUUCCAAGUCAGAUGAGUAUGUGACAGGGCUUAAUUCUACAACUGCAGAGGGAGAGUUCGUCGGAGGAACAGAUGCAGUAGCAAUGGAUGUGUUAUUGGGUCCAAGUUUGAGUUUGGGAAAAAUGGUUUUACAUUUACAAGAACAAAACAUAGAGCCCCAAAAUCCAAUCUUGAAUUUUGAUUCCCUUCUAUGUGAGGAAGAUCGAAUAGAUGAGGGAGAUUUAGGAGGAGGGUACCACUCAGAUGAAAGAAAUCAGAAUGGGGUCAUCGAGAAUGUGAAAAAGAUUUCACCUUUUAAUAUAAUAAAAAAGUCCUUGGAAUGGAUGCUGACUGUGAUUGACCACUAUGGUUUCAAUGCUUUGAUUGUUGUGUUAGCUGUGAACUAUUUUGAUAGAUUUAUAUCUGGAGUCAGUUUUCAGAAGGUUAAGCCAUGGAUGAGUCAGCUUGUGGCUGUUGCUUGUCUUUCCAUUGCUGCUAAAGUAGAGGAGAUUCAAGGGCCCCUUUUGUUAGAUCUUCAAGUAUCAAAUCCAAAGUAUGUGUUUGAGGCAAAGACUAUUCAGAAAAUAGAACUUCUGGUGUUGUCCACCCUUAAAUGGAAAAUGAAUCCAGUGACACCACUUUCAUUUAUAGACCAUAUCAUCAAGAGAUUUGGAUUGAUGACCAACCUAUGUUCGGAGUUCCAGGGGAAAUGUGAAAACAUCAUACUUGGUAUCAUCACUGGUGAGAUAUCUAUCUGA